AUGGACAGCAAACUGACAUCCCGACUAGAUUUGCUUGCAGACAAUACUCUCUCCAUCAUAUUUGAACGCAACAAACUAAAGGAUCUAAAACUCAAUUACGAAAAGUAUGAAGCGACUAUCAACAAAAAUUUGGCUAAAUUGAAAGAAGGCAUAAAGACUCUCGAACAACAAUUGUCAGCAGAAGAAGAAACCGGAGCUACGAAUACAAAUGACGAUGAAGACAAACUUGUGCAAAUUCAAGUCAAGCUGAAUAAAUUAGAAGUUCUGCUUGGUGGUGAUGAAGCAUCUGCAAGAGAUAUUUUGCUUGGAAAUAAACGCGGCAAGACAGUACGGUUUUCAUCGCCUCAUAUGGAAGUUGAUCCAAGUGAUCUUGAGAAUGGUCAGAUUCUCCAAUUGCAGCAACGAGUAAUCCAAGAUCAGGAUGAUGAUUUGGACCAACUGUCACUUGUUAUUGGCCGUCAUCGAGAACUAGGACUAUUGAUUGGAGAUGAACUGGAAUCUCAUGCACAAUUGAUUGAUGAGACCGAAAUAAUGGUUGAUCGGACGGAUGCCAGACUGAGAAAGGCCAAGAAAAAGUUGGAUUAUGUGGGUAGAAAGGUCAAGGACAACAGUAAGUAA